AAAUACUUUUUUUGAAGUUGAAGCAUUUGUGAUACUUUUAUGGCUUUGUCUUCUUCUUCGUCUAACAUCAGGAGAUACCAUGUCUUUCCAAGCUUCCAUGGCCCAGAUGUUCGUAAAGGUUUUCUCAGUCAUUUACACUAUCAUUUUGCAAGCAAAGGAAUCACGACCUUCAAGGAUCAGGAGAUUGAGAAAGGCAAUACGAUUGGACCUGAGCUCGUAAAUGCAAUUAGAGAGUCUAGAGUCUCGAUUGUGUUGCUUUCGAAAAAGUAUGCUUCUUCGAGCUGGUGUUUAGAUGAAUUGGUUGAAAUCUUAAAGUGCAAAGAAGAUCAGGGCCAGAUUGUGAUGACCAUCUUCUACGAUGUUGAUCCGUCGAGUGUACGGAAACAGAAGGGAGAUUUCGGAAGCACAUUCAUGAAAACUUGUGAAGGGAAAAGUGAGGAGGUGAAGCAGAGAUGGACCAAAGCUUUGACUCAUGUUGCAAACAUAAAAGGAGAACAUUCUCUUAAUUGGGCUAAUGAAGCAGAUAUGAUCCAAAAGAUUGCUACAGAUGUUUCAACCAAACUCAGUGUUACACCUUCAAGGGAUUUUGAAGGGAUGGUCGGACUUGAAGCUCAUUUGACAAAAUUGAAUUCUUUGCUAUGCUUCGAGGGCGAUGAUGUGAAGAUGAUUGGAAUUUGGGGUCCUGCGGGAAUUGGUAAGUCUACCAUUGCUAGAGCUUUAUACAACCAACUCUCUAGCAGUUUUCAACUUAAAUGUUUUAUGGGGAACCUCAAGGGAAGUCUUAAGAGCAUAGUGGGUGUUGAUCACUAUGAAUUCCAGAAGUCUCUGCAAAAGCUACUUCUGGCUAAGAUUUUGAACCAAGGAGAUAUGAGGGUACAUAAUUUAGCUGCAAUAAAAGAAUGGCUGCAAGAUCAAAGAGUGCUUAUCAUUCUUGAUGAUGUAGAUGAUCUAGAGCAAUUAGAGGUAUUGGCUAAAGAACUUUCAUGGUUUGGUUCUGGAAGCCGGAUCAUCGUUGCCACAGAAGAUAAGAAGAUUUUGAAGGAACACGGGAUCAACGAUAUCUACCAUGUGGAUUUUCCGUCCAUGGAAGAAGCUCUUGAGAUCUUAUGUCUCUCUGCUUUCAAACAAAGCUCUGUACCAGAUGGUUUUGAAGAGCUUGCCAAGAAAGUAGUACAUCUUUGCGGUAAUCUUCCGUUAGGCCUUUCUAUUGUGGGUUCAUCUUUGCGUGGGGAGAGCAAGCACGAGUGGGAACUUCAAUUACCUAGGAUCGAAGCAAGUCUUGAUGGAAAAAUUGAAAGCAUAUUAAAAGUGGGAUAUGAGAGAUUGUCGAAGAAAAAUCAAUCACUAUUCCUUCACAUUGCAUGCUUCUUCAACUACAGAAGUGUUGAUUACGUCACAGUUAUGCUUGCUGACAGUAACUUGGAUGUUAGAAAUGGGUUGAAGACACUAGCCGAUAAAUGUUUCGUGCAUAUAUCUAUUAAUGGAUGGAUAGUGAUGCACCAUCAUCUACUACAACAAUUGGGUAGACAGAUAGUUCUUGAACAGUCUGACGAGCCCGGGAAACGUCAAUUUUUAAUUGAGGCUGAAGAGAUUCGUGCAGUACUGACAGAUGAAACAGGUACUGGAUCAGUCAUAGGUAUAUCAUAUAAUACAUCCAAUAUCGGAGAGGUUUCUGUAAGUAAGGGUGCUUUUGAAGGAAUGCGUAAUCUCCGGUUCCUAAGAAUCUUUAAUUAUUUGUUUAGCGGCAAAUGUACUUUGCAAAUACCAGAAGAUAUGGAGUAUUUACCUCCUCUUAGGUUACUACAUUGGGAUCGCUACCCAAGAAAAAGUCUUCCUACAAAAUUUCAGCCGGAACGUCUCUUGGAACUCCAUAUGCCACACAGCAAUCUCGAGAAGCUCUGGGGAGGAAUCCAGCCCCUUCCUAAUAUCAAGAGCAUAGAUCUGAGCUUUUCCAUUAGAUUGAAAGAAAUCCCAAAUCUUUCGAAUGCUACUAAUCUCGAGACAUUGAACCUUACUCACUGCAAAACUUUGGUGGAACUUCCCUCCUCUAUUUCGAAUCUACACAAACUGAAAAAGCUGAAGAUGUCAGGGUGCGAAAAGCUACGAGUUAUUCCCACCAACAUCAACUUAGCAUCUCUUGAGGUAGUCAGAAUGAAUUAUUGCUCGCGAUUGCGACGUUUUCCAGAUAUCUCAAGUAACAUCAAGACUCUUAGUGUCGGAAAUACAAAGAUAGAAAAUUUCCCUCCAUCGGUUGCUGGAUCUUGGUCUCGUCUUGCGCGCCUUGAGAUUGGCAGCAGAAGCCUCAAGAUAUUAACACAUGCCCCACAAAGUAUAAUUUCGCUAAAUCUUAGCAACAGUGAUAUAAGGAGGAUUCCAGAUUGCGUCAUAAGUCUCCCGUAUCUAGUAGAACUUAUCGUCGAAAACUGCAGAAAACUCGUGACAAUUCCGGCUCUUCCCCCUUGGCUCGAGUCCCUAAAUGCAAACAAAUGUGCAUCACUCAAGAGAGUAUGUUGCUCUUUCGGCAACCCAACCAUACUCACAUUCUACAACUGUUUGAAACUGGAUGAAGAAGCAAGAAGAGGAAUUAUCAUGCAACAACCAGUUGACGAGUAUAUAUGCUUACCAGGUAAAGAAAUCCCAGCAGAGUUCAGUCACAAAGCUGUAGGGAAUUCCAUAACUAUCCCUCUGGCUCCCGGUACUUUCCUGGCUUCCUCAAGAUACAAGGCUUGCUUUGUGAUUUUGCCAGUUACGGGCUACCGAUGUCAUAGUAUAAGUUGCAUCGUAAGUAGCAAAGCGGGGUUUGCAAUGCGCAUCUGCGACUUAGCACGGCUUUCAGAUUGGUCUCCUGGGACGGAACAUCUGUUUAUAUUUCACGGUCGCUUGGUUUAUCAACGAAACAUGAUUUUGAGCGAGAUUAUAUUUAAGUUCAACUGUGUUAUAAAUGAGUUCAGCGAUGACCCUGACCUCGAUAACAUGAUUAUUGAGUGUGGUGUACAGAUCAUGACGGAGGAAGCUAAGGGUAGCAGCAGCAGCGACGUGGACAACUUUGAAACUAAGAGUAGCAGCAGCGAAUUGGAAAACUUUGAAACUGAGAGUAGCAGCAGCGAAUUGGACAUCUUUGAAACUGAGAGUAGCAGCAGCGAAGCGGACUACUAUGAAGAUGAAGGUUUAAAGUUCUCUCAAGUUGAAAGCACCAAAACCAGUAAACAUACAAGUUGUUGGAGUUGGUUUACGAAGCAUGGUCUGAGAAAGAAGAAGAUGAAUAAAACAAGAGCGAAUUCUCGUGGAAUCUCAUGA